AUGACGCAGAAGGGGGCGCUGUUCAAGGGGCAGAAGAAGAGGAAGACCAUCCCUCCAAGCCGGCACGGGAAGACCCCCGCCACCCGCAAAGGUGCCGCCCGAUUCCCCCCUUUUUUUCUCCUCAUUCUCUUGUCCGGAUUGAGGUUUUUCUUUCUCCGCUCCCAGAAGUCUCGGACUGAUUCGGGAUCUGGUUCUGCGCAGGGAAGAGAUUCGUGAAGCCCUCGACGACGACCAAGGAGAUGGAACUCGAUCGGGUAGUUACCCAUCCUCCUUGUCCCUAUUUCUCUCACCUCCGGCUCCCGCAGAUCGAUUAUUUUUGGAAAAAUUAGGUCCUGAUAGAACGAGAUUCCCCUGUGAAAUGAUGAUUUCGAAGAAUUGUGAACCUCAAUCAGACUCGCGCCAUCAUGAUUAGAGAAUCUCGAUCUCCCGCUGGUUUACUCGAUCCUCCGGGGUAGUUAUACACCCCCCUUGUCCCUAUUUCUCUCACCUCUGGCUCCCGCAGAUCGUUUAUUCUUGCAAAAAUUAGAUCCUGAUAGAACGAGAUUCCGAUGAAUUUUGAACCUCAAUCUUGCGCCAUCAUGAUUAGAUUCUCGAUCUCCCGGCUGGUUACUGUUCAUCGGACUGUUUGAAUUGUUCACCUCAAGCUUCCCUUGUCGAACGGAGCAAAUCUGCCGAUCAUCGUCCCCUGGAAAUUGUGCCUUCUGUAGAGGUCCAAGAAAGAAACAUAGUUCACGCUUUUUCAGAGCAUUUCUCUCUCAUUUUACCUUGUUACCAUGCCCAUUGAAGCUAGCAGCAUCCUCUGAGUCAUUAUCGAAUUUCAUCUAGUUUUCUCAGCUGUUAGCUGACCAUAUGAUCUUUUCGUGUUCAUCAGAGCUUUCGAUCUAUCGUCAUCAGUUGACAUUGUUGUAAUGGCAGUGGGCAGUUCCAUCUCCAUCGCUAUGGCCACCUUGAAAGCUUUGGUCAUUGUCCAUCUCGUGUCUGUUCAUCAGAAGAUCUUAGGGUCUUCUCUGCACCCAGAAGCUCUCUGAGAGAAAGAGAGAGAGAUAGAGAGAUGCACAGGAUUAGGAUUAGGGUUUCUUUUUUAGUUCUUGACCAUGUUCAUCUUCAUCCUCGUCAUGCAUCAGGUCAGAGUGGCGGCAUGCCAAAUUUGUCAUCUUGAUCUGGCAGCUGGAUUUAUCCGAUUCCUGAGGUUUGAAAUGGGCUCUCUUCUUUUCUUUUUCUUUUUUUUCAGGAGUUGACCAAGUUCAUAAACCAGUGCAAUGAGGUCAAAGCCGCGACUAUGGCGAACAAGGAGGGCGGUCAACUCGGCUUAGUCAAGGUCCCUACCGAGCCUUCAAAUGCCUCCUAA